AUGUAUGUUUCUAAUAAAGUAGAACUUAAUCGAUUUACUAUGGAUGCCAACCUUCAUGACGGAGAUAUGGUCUCAAAAGUCAAUUAUUUAAACAGCAUAAUUUUAGCUAGAAAUCCUAAAUUAAGGUAUAAUAGUCUCUAAAUCUAUUUAAUCAAGACUUGAAAAUUAAAAACUGUUUUCUGACCCAACCAUUCUUGGAAGAUAUAAGAAUUAUCGUGGAGCUUCAUCAGAAAUAGCUAAUUACAUUAAGAAUCUAGAUCCUAUUGUUAGGGCAGUCUUUGUUAUUGAUAAAUCUCCUGCAUCUGCUCGAUUUCAUACUUCUCGUAAUCUGAAAGCACCAGAUAAUCUUAAAUCGAUGAUUGAUAAAAUGAACAAUUUUCAAAAAGAUGAUACUGGAAAGAAAUAUUUCAAUUAACAUCGACGCAGUUGCAGUCCAAGACUAAAAUUACCCGCAGUCUAAAGAUAUUACAGAAAUCCUCCUAAAAUGCAAGUAUAUCCAUAUGAAUCUAGAACUAUAGAUGUAGAUAGUACAUUGUCUCAUUCUGUACAUUACCAUUGA